AUGGGAGAGAGAGACAAUGAAGCAGAAAGUGUAGAGAAGGCAAGGAUCCCUCUGUUAAGGGAUCAAAAUGCGGCGGAGGAGGAAGAUGGAGACAUAAAGAGAAAGAUAUGGAUGGAGACGAAGAAGCUAUGGCGUGUCGUUGGACCAGCCAUAUUCACCCGAGUUUUGACUUACUCGAUUUUCGUCGUCACUCAGGCCUUCGCAGGCCACCUCGGCGAGCUCGAACUUGCUGCCAUCUCCAUCGUCAACAACGUCAUCAUCGGCUUAAACUUCAGCCUCUUCAUUGGAAUGGCGACUGCGUUGGAAACGUUGUGCGGUCAAGCGUUUGGAGCAAAGAAGUUUGACAUGUUGGGAGUGUAUUUGCAGCGAUCUUGGAUUGUUCUCUUCUUAUGCUCCAUAUUGCUCCUCCCUAUGUACAUUUUUGCGUCCCCCAUUCUUCAGUUCUUGGGCCAGCCUGAUGACAUUGCCGAGCUCUCAGGCACCAUCGCUGUUUGGGCCAUUCCUACACAUUUUUCAUUUGCCUUCUUUUUCCCCAUAAACCGCUACCUCCAAUGCCAGCUCAAAAAUAUGGUGAUUGCAAUCUCGUCUGCAGUGGCACUUGUAGUUCACAUAUUUGUGUGCUGGCUUUUUGUGUACGGCCUUAAUCUUGGAGUCACAGGGGCCAUCGCUGCAGCUAACGUGUCGUGGUGGCUCAAUGGCUUCAUCCUAUUUAUUUACAUCACUUGCGGUGGUUGUCCACUUACUUGGACCGGUUUCUCCACCGAAGCUUUCACCAAACUAUGGGAAUUCACUAAGCUCUCUGCAUCGUCCGGUGUCAUGCUCUGUUUGGAUUUUAAUUGUGCUGACUGGAAAUCUGGAGAUGCAAAAAUUGCUGUGGGCUCUAUGUCUAUAUGCAUGUCCAUAAAUGGUUUCGAGAUGAUGAUUCCACUUGCUUUCUUCGCCGGGACCGGCAUACGAGUGGCAAAUGAAUUAGGAGCAGGCAGCGGAAAAAGAGCAAGAUUUGCAAUGAUCAUAUCAGUAACACAAUCAUUAAUCAUUGGAAUAAUGUUCUCGGUGCUCUUAGUAUUUUUCCACAACCAAAUCAGCUGGAUCUUCUCUUCAAGUGAAACUGUCAUAAAAGCAGUCAAUAAUCUCUAUAUUCUUUUGGCUUUUACUAUUUUUCUCAACAGUAUCCAACCGGUUCUUUCCGGAGUUGCGGUUGGAAUGGGUUGGCAAUCAUUAGUGGCAUAUAUAAAUUUGGGAUGUUACUAUAUCAUUGGACUUCCACUUGGAUUUGUCAUGGGGUGGAUUUUCAACUUUGGGGCUAAGGGCAUUUGGGCUGGUAUGAUAUCUGGAGGAACCGUGAUUCAAACAUUGAUAUUGAUUUUUAUUACAGUGAGAUGUGACUGGGAUAAAGAGGAACAGGAAGCAAUGAGCUGUUAA